AUGGCGCGUCCUCUACAGAAGAAGAAAAACAAAUCCUCCCUCCACCGUGUCCGCCAAAAGUCCAAGUCAAAACACAUCAAUAUCAAAAGUAAUCCUAUUGUCGCUGCGAACUGGGACCAAUCCCUCACUCUCUCCCAAAAUUACCGCCGUCUAGGCCUAUCCUCCAAACUGAACGCCCACACCGGAGGCACAGAAGCCAAAGCGAAAUCUACAACUUCAGAAAGCCGGCGAAAAGAUACGCUAUCAAUACCAACAUCCCACAAGGCCUCAGAAUUGGGCACAUCCGAGGUUAAAGUGACGAGAGAUCCCAAGACCGGCGCGAUUGUCAGUGUACAUCAUGAAAAGAGCGAGCGGGAGAACCCGUUGGGCGACCCGUUGAACGAAAUCAGUGAUUCUGAAGACGAGAUGGUAGAGGGAAGCAGCGGUAGAGGUAUAAUUCCAGAGUUGGAAGAGCAGGCCAAAUAUAGCAAGCCAAAGCGGCCUCGGAUGCAGAGCCAGCGAGAGAGGGAAUGGAUAGAGAGGUUAGUGGAGAGAUGGGGUGAUGAUUGGGGUAGUAUGGUUAGGGAUCGAAAAUUAAAUCCACAACAGCAGAGUGAAGGGGAUUUGAAAAGGAGGGUCGGGGUCUGGAAGAAUGGCAAGAGAAAAGGACAGCAUGAGGGACAGAGCCGGGAAAUGGAGGUUGGUUGA